GCCGGCUGCGCUCAACCUGGGAGUGGACUGGGCUCGCGGCUCCUGGCUCUGGCCCUCCCGCGUCCGGCCUCCACCGGCCUCCGUCAUCCGCCGCUGGGUGUGAAUGAAAGGCAGGCGCUGCCGGGGGCUGGCUGCAGGCGACGCCGCAACGGGGCCUCGAGGGAGGUGCUCGCCCCGUGGAGAUGUACGGUGUGUGUGGCUGCUGUGGUGCCCUGCGCCCCAGGUACAAACGGCUGGUGGACAACAUCUUCCCGGAGGACCCCGAGGAUGGCCUGGUGAAGACCAACAUGGAGAAGCUGACCUUCUACGCCCUCUCGGCUCCAGAAAAGCUGGACCGGAUCGGCGCUUACCUCUCCGAGAGGCUCAUUCGUGACGUGGGUCGUCAUCGAUAUGGGUCUGUGUGCAUCGCCAUGGAGGCGCUGGACCAGCUGCUCAUGGCCUGCCACUGCCAGAGCAUCAACCUGUUCGUGGAGAGCUUCCUCAAGAUGGUGGCCAAGCUUCUGGAGUCGGAGAAGCCCAACCUGCAGAUCCUCGGCACCAACUCGUUCGUGAAGUUCGCCAACAUUGAGGAGGACACUCCGUCCUAUCACCGCAGCUAUGACUUCUUCGUGUCCCGCUUCAGCGAGAUGUGCCACUCCAGCCACGACGACUCGGAAAUCAAGACCAAAAUCCGAAUGUCGGGCAUCAAAGGGCUGCAAGGGGUGGUGAGGAAGACAGUGAACGACGAACUGCAGGCCAACAUCUGGGACCCUCAGCACAUGGACAAGAUCGUCCCGUCGCUGCUCUUCAACCUGCAGCACGUGGAGGAGGCGGAGAGCCGCUCGCCCUCACCCCUCCAAGCCCCUGAGAAGGAAAAGGAGAACCCAGCGGAGCUGGCUGAGAGGUGCCUUCGGGAACUGCUGGGCCGGGCCGCCUUCGGCAACAUCAAGAACGCCAUCAAACCUGUUCUCAUCCAUCUGGACAACCACUCUCUGUGGGAACCCAAGGUGUUCGCCAUCCGUUGCUUUAAAAUCAUCAUGUAUUCAAUUCAGCCGCAGCACUCCCACCUGGUUAUCCAGCAGCUCCUGAGCCACCUGGACGCCAACAGCCGCAGCGCGGCCACCGUGCGGGCGGGCAUCGUGGAGGUCCUGUCGGAGGCCGCCGUCAUCGCAGCCACCGGCUCCGUGGGGCCCACGGUGCUGGAGAUGUUCAACACUCUGCUGAGGCAGCUGCGGCUCAGCAUCGACUACGCCCUGACCGGGAGCUACGACGGGGCCAUCAGCCUGGGCACCAAGAUCAUCAAGGAGCACGAAGAGUGCAUGUUCCAGGAGGCUGUCAUCAAGACCAUAGGCUCCUUCGCCAGCACGUUGCCCACGUACCAGCGCUCGGAGGUGAUCCUCUUCAUCAUGAGCAAGGUCCCGCUGCCCUCCCUGCACCACCCCGUGGAGGCGGGCAGGACCGGGGAGAACCGGAACCGGCUGACCCAGAUUAUGCUGCUGAAAUCCCUCCUUCAGGUGUCCACAGGUUUCCAGUGCAACAACAUGAUGUCAGCUCUGCCCAGCAACUUCCUGGACCGCCUCCUGUCCACCGCACUCAUGGAUGACGCAGAGAUCCGUCUCUUCGUUCUAGAGAUUCUCAUCAGUUUCAUUGAUCGCCAUGGAAACCGCCACAAGUUCUCGUCCAUCAGUACCCUGAGUGACAUCUCUGUCCUGAAGCUGAAAGUGGACAAGUGCUCCCGACAGGACACUGUCUUCAUGAAGAAGCACUCCCAGCAGCUCUAUAGGCACAUCUACCUGAGCUGUAAGGAGGAGACGAACCUGCAGAAGCACUACGAGGCGCUCUACAGCUUGCUGGCACUCAUCAGCACCGAGCUGGCCAACGAGGAGGUGGUGGUGGACCUCAUCCGCCUGGUGCUGGCCGUCCAGGACCUGGCCCAGGUCAACGAAGAGAACCUGCCUGUGUACAACCGCUGCGCCCUCUAUGCGCUGGGCGCCGCCUACCUGAACCUCAUCAGCCAGCUGACGACCGUGCCUGCCUUCUGCCAGCACAUCCACGAGGUGAUAGAGACCAGGAAGAAAGAGGCUCCAUACAUGCUCCCUGAGGACGUGUUUGUGGAGCGGCCCAGGCUGUCUCAGAACCUGGAUGGCGUGGUGAUCGAGUUCCUCUUCCGCCAGAGCAAGAUCAGUGAAGUCCUGGGGGGCAGUGGCUACAACGCGGACAGGCUCUGCCUGCCCUACAGCCCUCAGCUGACAGAUGAGGACCGCUUAUCCAAGAGGAAGAGCAUUGGAGAAACCAUUUCCCUGCAGGUGGAGGUGGAAUCCAGGAACAGCCCCGAGAAGGAGGAGCGAGUGCCUGCCGAGGAGAUCACCUAUGAGACACUGAAAAAGGCCAUUGUGGACAGUGUGGCUGUUGAGGAGCAGGAGCGUGAGCGGCGGCGGCAGGUGGUGGAAAAGUUCCAGAAGGCGCCGUUCGAGGAGAUAGCAGCCCACUGUGGGGCCAGGGCAUCGCUGCUGCAGAGCAAACUCAAUCAGAUCUUUGAAAUCACCAUCCGGCCCCCGCCGAGCCCAUCAGGAACCAUCACUGCAGCCUACGGCCAGCCUCAGAACCACUCCAUCCCCGUCUACGAGAUGAAGUUUCCAGAUCUGUGUGUGUACUGAAGUCCCAGCAUGGAGCUCCUCGGCGGGGUGGGGUCUGAGGGAGCCGCUCCCCCUCACCACCACCCCUACUGCGUGCACAGCUCACUGGGAUCUCAGAAGAGGUCACCUUGGCAAGGGCAGCCCCUUCCCAGCUAAGCAAGGUGGGGCCUCAGGCCUUCCCCAUAGCCCCUUGUCUUCCCUGAGGGGACCUGCCCCUCUAGGGCCCAUAAGCAUCUCGCCUGUACCCUGCAGUCUCCACCUUUGUGCCACGGGGCCAAUAACUGUGCAGUGUCUGAGGUCCCGAGAGCUCCCACAUGUGCGACAAGUGAGAGGCUUUUGUGGUGUGGGGGUGGGAAGGGCACAGGUGCCCUCUCCCCGACCCCGGACAGGACUAAGUGGUCAGAGGAAGCCGUGGGCUGCAGUCCGGAGGGAGCCCUGCUGUGGCAGCUGGAGGGUGGGGUGACUGUGUCCCCAGAGCACCCCCUCCCUCCAGCCCCAAGGCCCUCAAGUCCCCAGUGUCUCUUCCACUCUCCUGUUCACCCUGCCAGCUGUCUUUUCGUGAUUCUCUCUGUUAUUAAUUAAUGUUGGGCCCUUAGAGCAGGAGCUGCGGUAGAGAUAUCACAGCCGUGGCGGGGCGGU